AUGGAGCCCCUGAAGGAGCGGGCUGGGUGGUGCACAGGGUACCGGGGGGAGGAGGCCCUGGCUGAAAGGAGACCCUUGCUGCACGAGAAAGUUGGUCAGGAUGGUGUUGAGAUGGGGGUUGAACCCACAGGCUGGGGGUCAGAUGACCCAGAAUUAGAGGAAGAGGAGGCUGGCCCAGAUCCUGUCAGGGUUCUAAUGUUGCCUCUUCAGGCCCAUCAUGCCAUGGAGAAGAUGGAAGAGUUUGUUUUGAAGGUUUGGGAGGGCCGCUGGCGUGUCAUGCCCUACGAUGUACUGCCUGACUGGCUAAAGGACAAUGAUUUCCUCUUACACGGACAUCGGCCGCCCAUGCCUUCAUUCCGAGCCUGCUUCCGCAGCAUCUUCCGCCUCCACACUGAAACUGGCAACAUCUGGACACAUCUCCUUGGGUUCCUGUUCUUCCUGGUUUUGGGCAUUGGAUAUAUGAUUAGUCCCAAUAUGAAAUACAUCGCCCCCGUCCAGGAGCGUGUGGUCUUUGGCAUGUUCUUCUUAGGAGCCAUUCUUUGCCUCUGUUUCUCCUGGCUUUUCCACACUGUCUACUGCCACUCUGAGGAGGUUUCUCGCACCUUCUCCAAAUUGGAUUACUCUGGAAUCGCCCUGCUCACCAUGGGCAGCUUUGUCCCCUGGCUGUAUUACUCCUUCUACUGCUCACCUCAGCCCCAACUCAUCUACCUCAUCAUCAUUUGCGUGCUGGGCGUAACAGCCAUCAUGGUGUCACAAUGGGACCACUUUGCCACUCCUCAGUACCGGGCAGUCCGAGCAGGGGUGUUUCUGGGACUGGGGCUGAGCGGGCUGGUGCCCACCCUCCACUUCAUGAUCUCAGAAGGCUUCAUCAAGGCCACCACGGUGGGGCAGAUUGGGUGGCUCUUCCUCAUGGCUGUCCUCUACAUCCUGGGGGUGGGCCUGUACGCUGCCCGCAUUCCUGAACGCUUCUUCCCUGGCAAGUGUGACAUAUGGUUCCACUCCCACCAGAUCUUCCAUGUGCUGGUGGUAGCAGCUGCCUGCGUCCAUCUCCACGGAGUCUCCCAGCUGCAAGCGUUCCGCUCUUCACUGGGUGGCAGCUGCACCGAGAACACUGUGCUCUGA